AUGGCGCUAAGGACAUCCCAGACCGAUCUGCUGAUUAUUGGCGCGGGGCCUGCGGGUCUAAUGGCCGCCUGCUGGGCAAGCCAGUACGGGAUGUCGACGCGUAUCAUCGAUGCCAAAGACCAUCGCACAAAGACCGGCCAUGCUGACGGCAUCCACAGCCGGACGCUAGAGAUCCUGGAUAGCUUCGGGAUCGUCGAUCCUAUCAUGCGGCGGGGAGUGCACGAGACUGAAAUGAGUUACUGGAGCGUCAAUAAAGAGACGUCACAGCUCGAAUGCCAGCAACGGGCGCGAUCGCAGCCAGAUGGUCUCUCGAGGUUCGGGCAGAUGCUGCUCAACCAGGGCGAAGUGGAGCAGAUAUUGAUCGACUAUAUCGAGUCGAAGGGCCGCAUCAAGAUCGAGAGACAAAAGCGAGCGGAGAAGAUAUACUUCACUGACCACGAUACCCAUCCGGUCACGGUGGAAACAGAUGGCCAGCGGACUGACCGCAUGGUGCAAGUGCUACAAAACGGCGAAUCCGAUGCAAAUUCCCAGGGGAACGCGCAGGUCACAGAAGUCAUCCAAGCGCGGUAUGUUGUCGGCUGCGAUGGCGCUAAGAGUCUCGUCAGGGAACAGCUGAACGUGCCGCUGGAGGCCAAGUCCACUGACUCGAUGUGGGGAGUUAUUGACAUUGUCCCCAUUACUGACUUUCCUGAUAUCCGGCAGUCCUGCGCCAUCCAUUCCGACAAGUUCGGUAGUGUAAUGACGGCCCCGAGGGAGGAUCGCCUCGUUCGUUUCUACAUACAGCUCAAGGGAGACGACGAGCUGGAUAAAAAAGCCAUGGGGCAGACGGAAGAAUCCCCGGAUGCAUUGAUCCAGCUGGUCCAGAGGAUUAUGAAGCCGUACAGCCUGACGUACAACUACUGCGACUGGUACUCAGUUUACCCUAUAAAGCAAGGCCUUGUCAAGAAUUAUCAAGUCAAAAACCGUGUUUUUCUGGCCGGUGACGCUGCGCAUACCCACUCCCCAAAGGCCGGCCAGGGAAUGAACGUUUCCAUCCAAGACACAUACAACCUUGUGUGGAAGCUGGGAUCGGUUAUCACCGGGGCUUUAAGCCCCAAGAUACUGGAGACGUACGAACUCGAACGACAUCCAAUCGCGGAAGAGCUAAUGAGGAUGGACUCGGAGUUGGUUCAGACCUACGAACAACAGAACGCGCCCAUCAGUGAAGUCAGCAAAGUACGAAGGGAGUUUUCGGGGUUCAUGUCUGGAGUCGAAGUGACAUACCGGCCGAACGUACUGAUUGCGUCGAAGGGCGGUGAUGGGAAGCCAGCGCAUGCCAGUCAGGUAAUAGUAGGAAGGCGGCUAAGGACGGCACCACUGGUCAAUCAGGCCGAUGGUAGCACAAUACAACUGGCAAAGGCUUUGCCAAGCAACGGUGCGUGGAGGCUGCUCGUUUUUGCUGGAGACUUGGGCCAGAGCGAGGGGGUGGAACGGCUGGAGGCGUUUGCGGACGCAUUCGAACGUCAUCCACACUGCCCUAAAUUACGAGAAGUAUCGACAUCAGGCAUCCAGGGAAUGGUGAUAGAAACGAUUCUGAUCCAUAACAGUCCAAGGACAUCUGUCAAACUGUUAGACUUGCCAGAGAUGUUUCACCCGUUUGAUGAGACAUUAGGAUGGGAUUAUGGCAAGGUCUUCGCCGAUGAUGCGGCCUACGGACAAGGCAGCGGGGGUGCAUAUGCAGAAUAUGGGAUCGACGAGGGAACUGGCUGUGUUGUUCUCUGCCGUCCAGACCAGCAUGCUGCCUGGGUCGGGGGGCUAGAGGAGGUCUCUGAAUUGGACGCCUAUUUCUCGGCAUUGCUUUAA